UGGCCGCGGAGUUGGUAAGCCUCUCGAGGGUCAGUCGGAGCCAGGCGCCCUCCGCGCCCGCUCGUCGCGACUCGCCUCACUCACUACGACCCCCGACACAUGGCACGCAUGCCGCCUAACCCUCUUUUGUUAUGGAAAAGCGUGCAGUCAGCGGCCGGGGCGAACCCAUCCCGUCCAUCCUCAAAAAGCCUAAGAAAAGUCCCACAGGCGACCUCCUCGACAAAAGCUCUAAGAUCAAGCGGGAAAGGAACUCCAAAAAGGGUGAUGUAAACACCCCCCUGCCUCAGGGGUGCACGCCGCUUAUGUACGCCUGUCAGCAGGCCAACUAUAAGUCGGUUGUCGAUAUCCUCAACAAAGAUCCAUCAUCAGUGCGUAUUCGAGACCGUGGACUUCGCAGCGCGCUCCACUACUGCGCAUCGAGCAGUGCAGGUGUGAACCAAGCUGCGCGGGCGGCGUGUGCGGACCGCGUCCUCAUGGCUGCGCCGGCCUUAGCGGACGCGCGAGACGCCGAUGGACUCACACCCCUACAUCUGGCAGUUGUACACGGGAAUGUGCCGCUAGUGCAAACGUUGUUGGCUGCUGGUGCGGAUGUUAAUGCCAAGGACAACGAACAGCAUACAGUUGUGCAUUGGGCUACUGUUUGUGGUGAAGUGGGCGCACUGCGGGCAGUGCUGGCAGCCGGCGCGGACGCCGCCACGUCGGACCAGCACGGCGGCUACCCGCUGCACUACGCGGCGCAGAUGUGCGGAGCUCCCGCGGCUACCGACCAUCAGAGUAGAGGAGCAGCGUUAGAAGUUCUCCGCGCACUAGUGAGGGAGGGUGGUGCACGAGUGGACGUCCGGGAUGCGGACGGCCGCACGCCGCUGCUGUGGGCCGCCUCAGCUGGAUCUGCCGCCGCGGUGCUGGCGCUUCACCAGGCUGGCGCUAGUGUUGAUGACGCUGACAGAGAUGGGUUAACAGCGUUACACUGCGCAGCAGCUCGUGGGCAUACUGAAGCUUUAGAAACAUUAGUGGGACUUUGUGGAGCCCGUGUUGACGUUGCUGAUUCGCACGGAUGCACACCUUUACAUUACGCAGCGGCACUGGGGCAUGCGGACGCAACUUCAGCUUUGCUCAUCCAUGGAGCUGAUGCACAUCGACAGGACCGACGGGGAAGAAGUCCUGCACAUACUGCAGCCGCGAAAGGACAGAUAGAGACCGUCCGUAUACUGGGCGCAAGGGGGGCAAAUUUGUGGUUAAGGAAUUCUAAAGGAGAUUUACCAUUACAUGAAGCAGUAGCAUCAGGACGCAGAGAGUUAGUGAAAUGGUUGCUAGAUGGACGGCCAUCCCAAGUUAAUGCCACAAACCACGAAGGACGGACACCGUUACACAUCGCAGCUGCUACUGACAACGCCGAUCUUUGUCGUUUAUUACUAGAUCGUGGCGCCGAAGUUAAUCCAGUUGCGAGAUCAUCAAAGAAUGAAGCUUUAACACCUUUAGAUUGCGCGGCAAGCAGAGGUCACAGAUCAACUGCUAAGUAUUUGCAAAUGCACGGUGGCUUAACAGCUUCAAAACUUUCCAAUACACAAAUCGUUAUAGAUGGUGCUCAAAUAACUGGCCUACCAACUAGAAAAGUUACAAGUACAAAAAUUGAUGUACGUGAUCGAAUUAGAAUAGAAAAACGUGAGGUAGUAGAACUUUCGAGUCCAGUUUCAGACAAGCGUAAAAUAAUUAAACAAAGAAGUGAGGUUGAUUCAUUAAGUUCAUCGUCAGAUGAACGGAAAACUAAAAAAAAAUCACAAAGCGAAUAUACUAACCGGUAUCCUGAUCGAAGGAAAAGGUUAGCUGAAAAGCAAAAAAGUUUCAGUGAUGGGUACGACAGUGAAUUUGAAGGAUACGAAAAGCAUAAGGACUAUAAACAUAAAAUAAAGAGAGAUAUAAAAGAGAAAAAGAACAGAUCAAGAAGUGAACCUGGUAGACGAAGUAAAGAAAGUUCCAAACAACGUAGACAUUAUAGAUCUACCUCAGAAAGUUCAUCGGAUUCAUCAGAUCAUUCAAAAAAAAGAAAGAGUAAACGGCAUAGAAAACGCCAUAAAAGAAAAUCUACUACUUCUGAGAGUAGCUCAGAGUCAAGUGAACGGCAAAUAACAAAACGAAGAGGUAAGAAAACAUCAAUACACAUUGAACAUGAUGAUGAGAAACAGAAGGUUAAUAUUGUUAAAUAUAAAAAAAUAGAAACUCCACAGCAAAGCUCUGAAAUUGCAGAAAACGAUAAAGACAUAGUAAAAACAGAAAUUAUGCCAGUAAAUCAAGAUAUUGAACCCACUAAAGAUAGUCAAAUAAGUAAAAGCAAAACUCAUAGUGAAACGGAAACUGAUACUGUUUCUGUUAAAACAAAUAUGGUUAUAACAGAAGCUCAAAUACAUAUGGAACGUGAAUCAAGUCAACAUGGCAGUUCAGAAUUAACCGUUACUAUGGAUUCAUCAAAUAAUGUAUCCAUAGAAACUACAAAUUUGUCUGUUACACAUAAGGAUGGAAGUGAAAAUGUGGUGCACGAUGACGACAAACCAAAAGAAAAAGAAGCUGACUCUGAAUUGGUAAAAGAUGAAAUUGAAGUAAAGACCGAAGAAUCACCUUUAGAAACUACAACAACAGAAAAGGAAUUAGAAAGUCAAAUUGUAGCUACUGAUGAAAAAAGUGCACCCAAAAGUAUUGAUGCUUCAGAAGAAGUUAAGUCUGAACCCAGUUUAGAACCUGAACCUGAGACUGAAAAGAAAGAAUCUUCUGAGGAUAAACAUAAGGAAACUGAAACUCCAGACAAAGAAUCUACAGAUAAGGAGACUCAUGAAGAAAUAAUUGAAUCUUCUAAGGAAGGUAGUUUAGAAAAAGCACGAAAAACAUCAUUUAAAGUUUUGUCAGGUCCAGAUGAAAUUCAAGCUAAAGAUAAUGGAACCCAAGAGAUCAAAUCAAACUUAGAAACUACCAGUAACAAAUUAAUUGAGUCCCAAGAUAAAAGUCCCACUGUUUCUUUUUCUGAUAAGGAUGAGGUUUUCAAAAUAAAGGACACAGAUCCCUCUGAGCACUUAAUGGGGGAACAUGUAGAUCAUAAACAAGCUGUUGAAAAUGAAAGUGUAAAAAAAGAAACCUCCAUAACUGACAGCAAGGACAGCUUUGAAUCCACAGAAAAAGAAGUCAAUGAAGCAGCAACUGGCGAUGUAGCUGCAGCAGUCGAUAAAGGUAUUAUCAAAAUUUUGGAUGAUGGUAUUUCAAAUGAUAUGGCGCAACAAAGUUUUGAAGCGGAUGAUACCAAUUUGCCACUCGCACAAGCAUCCCCUCGACGAUCGAAAUCAUCAAAAGAUAGCCAAGGAAGCAGUAGAAAAAGUAGUAUUUAUGAAACUGAAAGUUAUAAAGUCCUCUCAGAUACUGUAGGAACAGUUGAGGCGGGCACAGGUAUAUUAAAAAAACCAAGUAUUGUAGAUGACGAACAAGAUCCGAAUUAUGAAAGCCUGCGUAGGGAUAGCUCAUUCGGUAGAAUUCCUAGUAUAAGUGAUAAUGAAAUUUACUAUAGUCAUUCAGAAGCAAAUGGAAGAAGAAAACGUUUUCGGAAAAAAGGUAGGACAAAAAGUCGGAUAACGAUAAGAUCAAAAAGUGAAAAUUCUGAAAGAGGUUAUGAAUCGAGUGGCUUAUUGGAUUCAGGUUUUGAACCAAGUCCAAGGCCAGUUCAGCGUUGCAUCAUGAGUCCAAGACUGAAUGCCUAUUACCAGCAAAGAAAGAGUGCAAAGGUUACGGGAGUGGCUGAUAGUAAAAUACCAGUGCGAAAGCCGGGGGACAAAAGAGCUGUCGAUAUGCGAUCUGUUACACAACGAAUACAAACAAAUAUGAGAAGAUAUUAUUGCGAGCGAAAAAUUUUUCAGCACUUGCUAGAACUUAAGCGUCUGCAAAUAAGAACAAGUAAAGCAAACGAAGCUGUGCUAGUCAAACGAGCCAUAGAUGAAUACAACAAAUCAAGUUUGGCUCAAGUUGGUUUAGGUCCUUACAACAAUACGGAGUAUUCAUUUAGUAGUUUUGAAAAAUUUCUUUACAAUAGCCUAAGGAAGUUACAAAAGAGUGGGAAGAAGCAAUUAGAUAAUUUACCAGAGAAACCUAUAGAUUUUGACUAUGGAGAGAGUGAGCUAUACAAAAUGAGUGCUAUACCAGAUAACCCUUGUCUAUGUACGAGCAAGACACAUCGCUGUUUUCAUGCUGUACAUGCAUACACUGGAAUUCCGUGUUCUGCUUACAUUCCUUACAAAUGGAAUCACCAUACGAUGCCUAAACCAGCAACAGCAGUACCAACAGUUAAAUCGAAAGGCUUUCUGCCUAAAAUCCAUUCUAAACCACCUUCGGGAAAAGCUCACGUCACGUUAGAAGUAUCGCACGGCACAGAAAAGCAGUUGAUAGCAUUGCCAGCUGAAAAACUGGAUAGAAAUAAAAAAUAUUAUGUAACAUUUACUGUAAAAGGUUCUGAACCACCAUCGGAUAAUGAUAAUGCGUCACCAAAACCGUCUACCAAGGCUGUUAGAAGUGGCUAGGUAGCUUUUAAAUAUUUUGGUCAUUGAUAUUGAAACCUUUUGUUUGAAGCAAGAAAUACCUAAAUGUAAUAAAAAAGCUUUGAAAAGCAAGGCUAUAUUAUGAUGAACGAUGAAUUGUAGUUACCUAUUACACUGAGAUUAUAUUAUAAUUAUUAUUCUUUAGUUACUUAUCACUGCCAUUUUGUAAAUGCUUAUCAAAAUACGUGGCUUAUACAAUAGUCGAAUUGUGAUAAAAUUAGUUUGAAUAAUAAUAUUAUUUACUAUGAUAACUACUAUUAUAUGCCACCCAGAAUUCAAGAAAUAUAUUACAUAUUUUUGUAUUUUUAUCUUAAAGGAAAAUAAAAUCAAUAUUUAUUUAGAUUUAGAUGUUAAACAAAGGGGAAGCAGCAUACUGACUAUUGUAAUUUUAACUAUUUAUGAGUUGUAUUCUAUGGUUCUUCAAUUAGUUAAAAAAUAAUUUAGUGUCUUCCCACAAAGAAGAUGAUCAUCAGUAUGGCGAAGAAUAUGUAUUAAGUCUAUUUUAUUAAUGUGCAACGAUGAUAUAAUAAUAUUAUUAUGAACAUCGAUAUUAACAUUUUUAGUAGGUAGAUAAGGACAAAGUUGCCCCAUAUUAUAAACAAUUUUUAAUGCAUAAAUGAAAGCAUUGUCUUUCGGUGAAUUUAUAAUAUAAUUACGAAAUUAUAUGAGAUUAAUAUGUAUUAGACGAAU